CUUGUCUAGCAUUCGUGCAAUUUUCAAUAAGUCAAGUUCUCUUGUCUCUACUUUCAAUUCUCUUCAAGUAAUUAAGUAUAUAUGCUUAUUUAAUGUGGGAGAACACAUAUGUAGUACUACCUGUUACGCUGUUAGGAUCGGAAUGGCUUCAUCAACUCAGAGUGUGGUAAAGAAGGAGGAAGCGGCUCUCAACGAGCUGAUGAAGCAAGCUGAAGAAGCGAAACCCCAAGAUGAGAUGCUCUUUGGAGGUUGGAUUUACAACAGAAGCAAUACUGCCAAAAAAACCAUGCACCUUUACGCUGAGAAGACAUGGUCUGGCAAAUUCUAUUAUAAAUAUUCUGAAACAUUGGAAGAAUCAACCGGUUUUACACAAACUGGACAAAAGGAGAAGGGAAUCAAGGCUGCUGUCGUGUAUUCCCUCAAAACUAGUGAUGAUCCAUUUAAUCACUAUGGUUUUCUUUUGGCUUGGUCUGAUUCCUUCAAUGAAGGAAAUCACACCAGAAAGGUCUAUGGAUCUUGUGGCCUUCUGGAGAAAUUCCAAAACAUAGACUGGGAUAAGGUCGAAAAGGACCUCGACGCUUCCACCUCGUCGUCCUCCUACAUUGACGCUUAUACUCGAACUUCAGUGAAGGCCGAAAUCGUUGCAAACGUAGUUUAUGCAGAUUUCAAUUAAUUAAUUUGAAUAACAUGGUACGGUCGUCGUCCGCCUUAAGCUAGAUAUACAAAGCAUUUGUAUUAUAUAGCUAGGGCAGACAAAUCGAUAAUAUAUAUCAAUAUAUGAUGGUUGUGAUCUUAUACUUAUGUAUUGCUACUUGCUAGUUAAUACGGAGCAUAUUGCUAGCAACUACGUACUAAGAAUAUUAUGUAACAUAAUAAAAUGCAUGUGUGUAAUAGAUGCUUGUACUGUCCUACUAAUAAAUAAAUAAAUAAAGCAUCUCUUUUAUAUUA